AGCCAUGUUUCAAACUGAGGAGCCCAUGAAUAUUUGUGUUUACAUGUCAAAACUGGUCAAAUCCUCUCAUAUUCGUUGUCGCAUGAUCUGAUGUCCAAUUUAUUCGGAUAUUUGCAUUGUGUCACCUACCUACUCACCGCAAUUCAAGAGAACCACGCGAGGGAUAAGACUUCAGGAGCUGGUAUGUUGUAUCCUACUAAGUUAUCGUGGUUAAUUCUCACAGUCUGGGUACAUCGGUGUCUCGAUUGGAGGGAAGAAUGCCCCUGCACUCUAGUGUUGGCAGCUAUUUAUUGGGUGUCUUAAUUGAGUUUGCUAUGGAUGAUGCCGCAGUCAAAGCGCAUGAAUACUACGUAUCCAGCCAAAGAGAGCUCUUGUUUAGCUGCUUAUGCUUUAAAGCCGCCGGUGACCAUGAGAAUGAGGCUGGCUGAAGCCAUUAGCGACAAUAGUGUCUGUCAGCUGUUACAUCAGCGGCUAAUAGCUCGACGAGCAUAAGCUGAAGGUCAGAAGGGAAGCAAGACAUGAUACACUGUAUAACUGAAUCUUAUUCCCCCUCUUUCUAUCACAUGCUCGUAAUAUCUUCGUGUAUUCGCAUUCAUACUCUCCUUAUCAUCGUAUAACUGGUGUACAAUAUGGCUUCAGCUUCAGAACCACUCGCUAAAGGGACAUAUGCACCUUCGGGUCCAAAUGACAUACGCGGCCCCUGCCCGAUGAUAAACUCUCUCGCAAACCACGGCUAUCUUCCCCGCGACGGCCGAAAUGUUCGAGUAGAAGAAGUUCUCGCUGGCAUGGACGCAGUUGGCCUUUCGAAGCCUCUCGCUGCUGCCUUUGCCAAUCCUAUCUUUCAAGAACGCGCGCCUUCAAAAUUUCACGGUGACCCAGUCGUCAAGAAGUCUCUUUUGCAAAGUAUCUUGCGAACGAUCAGGGACCCUUGGUCUCUGUUGGGUCAAUUUGGUAUGCGCAAGCCGGGUCAGUUGGACUCUGAGGGUCACAGGGUUUUGAACCUGGACCAGCUUGGGUUACCCAACACAGUUGAGCAUGACAUAUCCUUGACCCGUCGGGAUCAUCAACAAGGUGAUAACAUCGCUCUUCAGAAAGACCUUGUCGAAGAUCUCUUGGCGAGUUCGAAGGACGGGCAGACUCUUACUGCGAAUGACCUCGCAGAAUUCCGCAAGAAGCGUAUCGCCAGGCAGAGAGAGGAUAACCCGGGUCUUCAAUAUGGGCCUUUCGAACACGACCUUGCGUGUGCGGAGAUUGCCCUAAUUCUCAAUGUCAUUGGAAGUGGUGAAAGUGUGCCAUGUAGUUAUGCCAGGGCCUUUUUGCAGGAAGAGAGGCUGCCGAUGCAAGAAGGAUGGAAGAGGGAAGAGUCGAGGUUGGGCAUAAUUGGCUUGCUCACCAAGAGGAACGGUAUCAAGAAGAUUAUCGGUAUGGAAUUCAAGUCUUGAUGUCAGGGUUUCACUCCUGUAACGAUUUCGUCUAGGAAGCUUUUCUUUUCAUCUUGUUAAACAACGGAGGCAAGAGGAAUGGCCAAAGUGGUUGGUUUAUUCAGAAUUAUACUUUACCUACCUUAUCUCCUUAUGACAACAACUCCUAGC